AUGUCUUCUCACGCCCCGGCCCACGACCAAACCACGCAUCCCACGAACGCCAACACCAAUACUCACACUCACACUCCUUCGAACCCGAUGCACGAACAAUCCAAAUCCAACACCACACCCUACGUCUCAUCAGACCCUACAACACACCUGCAAGCCAAACCGACCAGCAAACUGAAGGGGGAUAUCAAGGGCGCAGCACACGGCGUGGCCGGCAGCCUCCAGGCCGCGACAGGGACGGUACUGCGCAACCAGGGCAUGGCGGAGAAAGGGUUCGAGAAGAUGAAUCACGAGGAUGCCAGAUUGGCUGCAAAGACCGGCAAGCCUCCAGUAGGCUCAGACACUAGGGAAGAAACCGUGCCGGUGAAUCAAGCAUCCUCGGUAUCAGGGCCAGGGGCAGGGGCUGGGACCGGUACAAGUACAAGUACAUCUACCAUCUGA